AGGGCCAUUUUUAUGAAGAUCUAUUUAUUCAUAUUGCAAGAAUUAAAGUGAGAUUGAUGCAUAUAAAUUUGCAGUUCUAGGUUAAAUUGCAUAAAAGUUUUCUGUCAGUAGUUCUUACCUUAACUUUAGGUGGGUCAUUUAAAUCAAGCCUAUAAUGGUUUAAAUGAGAAAUAGUAAAACUGAUUAGUUUGUUCCUUUUACAAAAUUAUAAUUGGAAUGGCUCCAAAUAGCUUCUCUUUACAAAGAGAUCAAAUUCUUUUUCUUGGCUAUAUUGUUAGUUCCUGAAACUAAAACAAAACCAAGAUAUUACUGGUUUAACCACUGUAAGCAGUCUUUUUGGCCAGCUCUUGUUGACCAGGAGCUAAAUUUGAGUCUUUUUAAUUGAUUGCAUUUGUUUUCAGUGUUCUUAGUGCAGGUUAUAUGUAGCUUCUACUCUUCACAGGCUUCCUGAGGCUCGUAACUAGUCACAUUGAAAGUCUUUCCAAUAAUUCAGGGAACGCUAGAGGUCUUGAAACGAAGAUUUUCAUUUUCAGACAAGGAAAAAACCCUCAUCAAAAUUAAUGGUUAAUCAAGACAACACAACAUUACCAAAAAAGCAGUGAAAAUCAGUACAAGUUUUCAUAUUAGAUUUAACAUGGGUUUACUGCUUAGAAAGAUAGAAGGGAUAGCUUUAUAUUUAACUUGAGUUCACCAGUUAACUUUCUAAUCCUUUAUUUCAGUAAUGACUAGGUCUGAACGUCUUUACAGAGAGUCUGGUUAUGUUUCUUUUCAUUGAUUUUACCUGGAAAGAAGAUGUCUUCAUGAGAAUUCUUUUUAUUAAACCAAGUCUUAGUGGAAUUCACAUGUGAGGGAUGGGCACAGAGGUAUUUCUAGGACUAUUAAAUUGGAAACUGGUUUAGUUUCUCUUACUGAAAAGUGUUUAAUGGCAUGGGUAGUCAAAUUCAUUUUAAGAGGCUUUCUGGGUAGUUGGGACAUUUUUUAUUUUUUUUAACUUAAAUGUCUUAAUGUGGGCCUUUUAAUUUGUAAACAAUUAUUGAAAUGAUUGUGGGGCUGUGGAAGACAUUUACAUAUUUACCUUUUGAAUAAGCUUUAGAAGACUCCACUUUUUAGCAUGUAUGUUGUGUCCAACCUGUGGUUGUCUUAACUAAUAAAUGUGAUUUUUCUCCCCAUUCUUCUCUUAUACUUAUUUGCGUUUAGGCCUCUUUCCUGGUAAUGAGUUUGAUUCUGGGAAACUCAACCUGUUAAUAGUGCCCCACUUUGCACUUAAUUACUACGGUUUGUGUUCCAUCAAUACGUUUUAUUUUCUAGCUUGACCACUUUCACAUGUUUAUACAGGUGCUUGUGCCAAAAGAUUUCCUGUUCUAUGCCUUACUUAGACAUGAUUUAAAUAAAAACUGCUCUGCGUUACAUUUACUCGAUUGCUAAGCCAUUACCCUCUUCAUAAAUUGCCCUUCCUUGUAAUACAGUGACAUAUAGCAACUUUUCCCUUUCACCUGGACUAUGAUCUUUGAAAAUUUAGUUUUUCGAACUAGGAGUAGAAACCGAGAACUUUGUAAUAAGCCUUUCUUCUGAAUUUGGGCUGUGCCACUUUUCCACUAUCUGGUUGGGCAAUUAAGAUCUCUGUUUAAAUGGACUACUUUCUAAAGGCUGUCAUGUAAUCAUGGGUCCGUAUGUUUUAAAGAGGUAAAAGUCUUGCUAUCUAUUUUGAUGCCCAACCCUUAGAAGGGUCCUCUGGUAGAAGAAAUUGCCUACAUGUUAAGUGGGUCUCAAUGUACCUCAGCACCACUUGGAUGUCUUGUUAAAGCACCCCUGGUCCAAUGUAAGGUUUCUAACCUGUUCCCAAGCGAUGCAGAUGCUGGUCCUUUGAGAACCAUUGCAAUAUGGAAAGAAAGGUAACUUUCAAGGCAAGUAACUUCUCUGGGAUAGGCCAGCUGGUGUCAGCAUUUUCCUGGAGUUGCUGCGAAGGCAUGGGUCUCCAAACCAUCGUAAUGGACUGAAAAACUAAUAAUUUCCGUGUACACUUGGUGUUGCAAUAAAGAUAUUUGGGGAGGGAAAGUAAAGCCGACUCAACAGUGGCUAUGGCUAUAGUGAAGAGAAGAUGUAAUAAUCUCUAAAGGUGCUGACCAGGACGGAAAACAAGAACACCAAUGAGGGCGAGGCCUGAGCUACUUAAACGUAUAGAACGGCAAGUUAAAAGGGGAGAGAACCAGAUUUGCGUGCCCGGUGCCGUUCGGGGUGAAGAUUAGCCCGGGCGGACCCGGAACGCUGUGACGCGCUUCCGUGGGCGGGGCGUGCCGCCGGCGCGCACGCCGACUUCCGUCGCUCCUGCGCGGUUGGCUCUCGGAUGUGUGGUGCUGUCUGGUGAUUUCUUGGAUCUACUACCUGUGGGAGAUUGUGUUCUUUAACCGAGAGGAAGAUGUGUUCCGGUGUAGCCGUCAAGGCCUGCCGUAAAACCUGCAGGAGCCUGUUCCCUGGGUUUGGGAGUCGAGUAGGUGGGGGGCAGCUGGAGCGGUUGACGACCAGGAAUGGCUCCCUCGGAGGGCAGUCGCGGUCCUACGCGGAGCUCCCGUUGGGGAGCGAGCGGAGAGAAGCCCCCGAGGCUGGUGAGGGCAGCGACGCGCUGCUAGAGAUUUGUCAGAGAAGGCAUUUCCUCGGCGGAACCACGCGGCGGCUUAGCCGAGAGUCUCUCCUGAAAGGGUGCCACCCGGGUUUUGGACCCUUGGGCAUAGAGUUGCGGAAGAACCUGGCCGCAGAAUGGUGGUCCUCGGUGGUCGUGUUCAGGGAGCAGGUCUUCCCGGUGGACGCCCUGCACCACGAACCAGGCCUUGCGCUGCCAGGGGACUGUGCCUUCAGGUUAGUUUCUACAGAAACUCUACGCGAAAUCUUGCAAGACCAAGAGCUGAGUAAGGAACAGCUAGUAGCAUUUCUUGAGAACUUGUUAAAAACUUCUGGGAAACUACGGGAGAAUCUUCUGCACGGUGCCUUGAAGCAUUAUGUUACUUGCCUGGAUCUGGUAAACAAGAGGCUACCUUAUGGCCUUGCUCAGAUUGGAGUGUGUUUUCAUCCUCUCUCUGAUACUCAUCAGAUACCUAAUGGUGCUGAAAGAGUCGGGGAAAAGACUGAAGCUUCUCUGGUAUGGUUUACUUCUCCGAGAACUGCAAGCCAGUGGCUUGAUUUCUGGUUACGUCAUCGACUCCUGUGGUGGAGAAAGUUUGCAGUGAGUCCAUCUAACUUCAGCAGCAGUGAUUGUCAGGAUGAAGAGGGACGAAAAGGAAACAAACUUUACUACAAUUUUCCCUGGGGAAAGGAGCCAAUAGAAUCCCUGUGGAAUCUAGGAGAUCAGGAACUUUUACACACAUAUCCUGGAAAUGUGUCAAAAUUACAUGGCCGAGAUGGACGCAAAAAUGUGAUUCCUUGUGUUCUAUCUAUAAAUGGAGACCUAGACCGAGGCAUGCUGGCUUAUCUCUAUGAUUCUUUCCAGCUCACAGAGAAUCCCUUUACAAAGAAGAAAAAUCUUCAUAGAAAGGUACUUAAACUUCACCCUUGUUUAGCCCCUAUUAAGGUUGCUUUGGAUGUGGGAAGAGGCCCAGCAGUGGAACUAAGACAGGUCUGUCAAGGGCUAUUUAAUGAAUUAUUAGAAAAUGGAAUUUCUGUGUGGCCUGGUUAUUUGGAAACUGUACACUCCUCAUUUGAACAACUUUAUUCAAAGUAUGAUGAAAUGAGUAUCCUCUUCACAGUUUUGAUUACUGAAGCUACUUUGGAGAAUGGCUUAAUACAUCUAAGAAGUAGAGACACCACAAUGAAGGAAAUGAUGCAUAUAUCUAAACUAAAAGACUUUUUAACUAAGUAUAUAUCAUCAGCUAAGAAUGUAUAGAUUUUAAUAUUUGUAUAAUAAAUAUUCUUCUUUCCUAAUUUGGUUGACUUAUGUUAAUUUAGUUUUUUGUUUGUUUUGUUUUUUAGUCCUUUUGCACUUAUGAAGUGGAUGUUUUUUGGUGCUUUAUUUGAUUCAGUUUUUAUUACUUGUAUUGCUUUAUGCAUUCUAUUGUAUUUCUUGAUGCCUCUAGUUGUAUGUUCAGCUAUAAGAAAUAAAAACUUCUACCAAAAUGGAUUAAACCAUAUUUUUCCCCCUAAUGUAACAAAUCUAAUGGGUAGACUGUCCAGAGCUGGUAUAGCUGUUUACUCUAUUUCCAUCGUUGUGUUCUACUAUCUUUAGUAGAUUGGCUUUUAGGUUUAUAAUUGUUUCCUCUGGUCACAAGGUGGCUGCUGCAUCUCCGGCCUUUUCAUCCACUUUUUUAGUUAGGAGAAAUGUAAAAGAGACAAGGUCUAGCCAGCCAAGUCUCUUCCCUUUUAAAUCAGGGAAGUAAAAACUUUUCCAGGUGUCCCACUCAGAAGAUUUGUUUACAUCUCAUUGAUUCUAUAGUCAUUCCUAGGCCAGUCACCAUCCAAGGCAAUAAGAAUAGCAUGAUUAAUUUAGACCAAACACAGUAUAUCCCUUGGGGCAAAAGUAGGGGUUUACUCUCUGAAGUGGAUUUUGUUAUCAGGAAAGAAGUUCAAAUACCAAAGAUUAACCUUAAAAAAUUAGAACAUAUUGGAAAAGCAAGCUAAAGUAAAUGUUAGAUUUUUUUGUGUCAUAAUAUAGUUCUUGCAGUGUUCUUCAUGUAUAAUUUUAAUAGAUAACUUUAUAAGAAAUCUUUGAACUUUAAUGUGCCUAUUAUGUUUGUGUUUAAAUAUCCUAUCAGUAUCAACCUAACAAAAAUUCCAACUCAGAAUUUGUGUAAAGUAUCUUGAAAGAUGGCUGACUUGUCUCCAUAGUUUUGAAUGUUUGUUUUUAUUAUUUCUAUUUAUUUGCUUUUACUAUGGAGAAUUUCAAACAAACACAAACACAAACAUAUGUAAUUGAUCCUAUGAACUUAUCACCCAUCACGAACAACUAUCAACCCAUGGCCUUUACUGCUCCACCACCACUCUUUCAUAUUAUUUUGAAGCAAAUUGCAGACAUAUUUCAUCUAUAAAUAUUUUAGUUAAGGACCUUUUGUUAACAUAACUACAAUACCGUUAUUCACACCUAAAAAAUUAACACUAGAUGACAUUAGACAUUAAAUUAUUGAUAAGUUUCUUGGAUGUGAUAAUGGAUUAUGAUUAUAUUUUCUUUUUAAAAAGCUUUUAUUAAUAGACACACAUUAUUAAGUAUUUUGGGAUGAAAUUAUAUGAUAUAUGAGACAAUUUAAAAUUCAACAGUAAAAUAAAAGUAGUAGGAGAUAGAUGAAACAAGAAUAGCAUUGAGUUGUUGAAGCUGGUUGAUCUGUACAUUGGGGUUUCAUUGUACUGUCUAUUUUUGUGUAUGAGAAUUUUCAUAAUAAGUUUAAGAAAACAAGUCUUUAAUAUCAAAUAGUUUCCCACUGUCUUAUAAACUCAUACAAUUUUUAUACUGGUUGUGUGAAUUAGGAUCUAAAUAAGGCCCAUACAUUGAGAUUGAGUAUUAGGUCUCUAAAGUCUCUUUUAUCCCAUAGAUUUGCUCUCCAUGUAUAUGUGUAUAAUUUUAUUUAUUUGUUUGUUUUAAGAAACUGGGUUGUUUAUUAUGGGAUUUUCCACAGUCUGGAUUUUGCUUAUUGUAUUCCAAAGGUAUUGUUUAACAUGUACCUUUCUUUCUUCUAUUUCCUGUAAAUUGGUAGUUAAAUCCAGAGGCCUGAUCAGCUUCAAUUUUUUUAGCAAGAUUAUUCCAUAGAUUGUUGUAGAGAGCAUAUUGUUGGAUCUUGCCUUUUGAUCCAGUCUGAGAAUUUCUGUCUUUAAAUUAAUAACCUUAACUCAAUUACAUUUAUUGCAGUUACUGAUAUAUUAAGAUUUAGUUCUGCCAUCUUGUUCUCCAUUUCUCAUUUUACUAUUUCCGUACCUUCAUUAUUUCCCCCUCUCCUUCCUUUUCUGCUUUUAUUGGAGAUCUUCCCUGGCUUAAAACUUAAACCUUGCUUGUUCUUUUGGUGGUUAUCUUUAGCUUCAGACCCAUACUCAUGUUCAUUUACCCUACUGUUUGCUUGAAUUUGUCAAUUUGUUUAUUCCUCCAAAAGGACAAAUACUUUAGAAUACUCCCAUAUUCCUUUGGUCUUCUCUCGCCAACCCCAAAUCAUAUAUGGAUAUAGUAAAAAAAUUUGUUUUCUUUUCUUUUGUGCCCUCCCCCCCUGCCCUUUUAAUACACAAUAAUAAAAAAUUAGCAAAGUAGCUGAUCACCCUUAUUUCCCAUAUCUCUUGCACAAUCUUCUAGAUUUUUUUCUUUAAUUAUUUGAGUACUCCCAAAAGUAUUUUCAGUAUGCCUUUGUGUGUCAUAAUUUCUGAGGCCUUAUAUACCUGAGAUUAUUUUUUUUUAUGCCCUCACUUCUGAAUGACAGUUUAGCUGGAUAUAAAAUUCUGGGUUGAAGUUAUUUUUCUUCAAACUUUAAAACAUUACUUCAUUGUCUUGUUGCAUCUAUUGGUGGUGGUGAGAAAUUGGAUAUCAGUGUCAUUCUUACUCCUUUGCAGAUGAUUUUCUUUCAUU